AUGGCACGUACCAAGCAAACGAGCCGUUUGCUUGGUACGUCCACUGGUGGCAAGGCGCCCCGCAAGCAGCUUGCUACAAAGGCAGCUCGCAAGUCUGCUCCAGCCACUGGAGGUGUCAAGAAACCACACCGUUACAGGCCUGGAACCGUUGCUCUCUGUGAGAUCCGCCGUUAUCAGAAGAGCACUGAGCUGCUUAUCAGGAAACUGCCUCUCCAGCGCCUGGUGCGUGAAAUUGCUCAGGAUUUCAAGAUUGACCUCCGCAUCCAGUCCUCUGCUGUCAUGGCUCUCAAGGAAGCUUCCGAGGCUUACCUCGUGGGUCUGUUUGAGGAUACCAACCUGUGCGUCAUCCAUGCCAAGCGCGUGACUAUCAUGCCAAAGGACAUCCAACUGGCUCGUCGCAUCCGUGGCGAGCGUGCCUAA